AUGGAGCGCUACGAAUGCUACAGGCGUUCUCAUAUUGGUAAACCCGCAUUGAAAAAAUUAUUUUAUAGUUUGACCGGCGUGUCUCUGAAUCCGAAUGGUUUAAUAAUUUUGAGCUCCGUUGUGAAAAUGUUUAUUGGAGAGUUGACAGAAAAGUCCCGUUUAAUAGUUGAAGAGCAAGGUUUUAGUCAGUUAGACGAAAUAAGACCGAGCCACAUUCUGGAGUCUGCUCGAAUGAUGAAUGUGAAAACCAAGAUGAACCGAACGAAGCACCAUAAAAAAUUUAGAAGAGGAUAUAUUUUAUAA